UGUGUAUAGAGGAGCGUUGAAUGCAAGAGAAGAAUGUGACUGUCACCAAUUAAAAGUAAACGCAUCUUUAGGUGGCCCUGAAGUAAAGGAGUCCUAUGUCAUACGUGAACUUUGGGAUCUCGCACUUUUUUUCUCCCCUGAUUUAGCAAAGCUCUGUGACGCAGGCACCGCUCGACAAUCGCCACUAGUCUGCAGCCCAUUCCCCGAGCAGUUCUGUGGAGUUCAUGGCAGCGUGUAUACAGGGAGAGGAAAAAGAGGAGAAUGAGGGAGAUGUAAGCAAGAAAAUGCGGGGGAACAGCUACUCAGAGAGGGCUGGAGCCAGUCACCCUCUUCUGAAGCUCCCUUGAACUGGGACUGCAGCAUGUCAGCAAAGUCUAAGGGGACAUCAUCACCGACAGAGGGGCAAGCCUCCAAAGCCAAGGUGAAAGAACAGAUCAAGAUUAUUGUGGAUGAUUUGGAAUUAGUCCUGGGAGACCUGAAGGAUGUCGCUAAGGAACUUAAAGAGGUAGUCGACCAAAUUGACACUUUAACUUCAGAUCUGCAGCUGGAAGAUGAGAUGACAGACAGCUCAAAAACUGACACUUUGAACAGCAGUUCGAGCAGUACAACAGCCUCCAGCUUAGACAAGGUUAAAGUUCGAGCCAAUGCACCCUUAAUAAGUCCACCUACACAUCCAUCAGCUGUGCUGACAGUACUCCGGAAGCCCAAUCCACCACCACCUCCUCCACGAUUGACACCCGUGAAGUUUGAAGAAACACAAAGGUUAAUAACCUCAGCCAACAGUGGAAAGAAUAAUGGAGUAUUGCUUCGAAAUGGUGGUUUGCCUGGGGGACCUGUUAAACUUUCUAAUGGUGACAGAUGUACAAUUCAUAACAUCAAAACGGAUAAAACAACAGGACAGCUGAUGACACACAGACCAGAAAAGGAUCAUUCUGCAACAAGAGAACGUGUACGCUUUAGUGAAAACGUCCUAUAUCUUGGUUACUGUCCAGACUGUGAUGUUCGAUCGGAAAUAAAAAACAGAGAUGUACAUCACCAUGGAGAGACUAUCCACUUGGCAGGAAAAUUUCCACAUCAAUGUCCUUUAUCACCUCCACAAACACCAUCAUUUUCUGUUGAGAAUGGUGGUGUAGGAAUCGUCAAUAGUGGUUGUCUCCCUCCAUUAAAACCUGGAAAUCCACCUCCUCCAACAAAACCUCAAAAAACUAUAUUGAGGAAAUCAACCACUACAACUGUGUGA